AUGGGAGCAGUGAGCUGCCGGCAGGGGCACCAUGCCCAGAUGGCUGCUUCUCAUAAGCAGGGUGGCAACAUCCAGGGCCCCUGGGUCCAAGGCUGGAAGAGCCUCUGGUCAGGUGUGGGGACCACAAGGUCAGGUGUGAAAGAACUGUGGGGACUACGGGGGCAUCAGUUCCUGCAUCGGGAGCCCCUGGAGCCAGCCCCACUGCUAGUAGAGAAGCCGCUGCCUGAAUGGCCAGUGCCUCAGCUCAUCAACCUCUUUCUGCCGGAGUUUCCUAUUAGGCCUCUUAGGGGGCAUCAGCAGCUAAAGAUUUUAGGCCUUGUGGCUAAAGGCUCCUUUGGAACGGUCCUCAAGGUGCUAGACUGUGGCCAGAAAGCAGUAUUUGCAGUGAAGGUGGUGCCCAAGGCGAAGGUCCUACGGAGGGACGUCCUGAGGCAGUGCAAAGAGGAGGUCAGCAUCCAGCGACAGAUCAACCAUCCUUUUGUACACAGUAUGGGGGACAGCUGGCAGGGAAAACGACACCUCUUCAUUAUGUGCAGCUACUGCAGCACAGAUCUGUACUCCGUGUGGUCUGCUGUUGGCCGCUUGACUGAGGCUUCCAUCCGCCUUUUUGCUGCUGAGCUGAUCCUGGUGCUGUGCUAUCUCCAUGACUUGGGCAUCAUCCAUCGAGAUGUGAAGAUGGAGAAUAUUCUUCUGGACGAACGAGGCCAUCUGAAACUGACAGACUUUGGUUUGUCCCGCCACCUGCCCCAAGGAGCCCGAGCCUAUACUAUCUGUGGCACUCUUCAGUACAUGGCGCCCGAGGUCCUGAGUGGAGGGCCUUACAACCAUGCUGCUGACUGGUGGUCCCUGGGUGUCUUGCUUUUUUCUCUGUCAACUGGAAAGUUCCCAGUGCCAGCAGAGAGAGAUCAUGUGGCCAUGUUGGCAAGUGUGACCCACUAUGACUCUGAGAUCCCAUCUUCCCUUAACCAGGGGCUCUCACUCCUACUCCGCGAGCUCUUACACCAGGAUCCCCUUCACCGUCUACGUUAUUUGCAUCACUUCCAGGUCCACCCUUUCUUCCGGGGUGUGGCCUUUGACCCAGAGCUCCUACAGAAGCAUCCAGUGAACUUUGUCUUGGAGACACAAGCUGCCCAGUCUAGUCCAUCAUCGGAGUCCAUGUUUUUCAAGGACUUUGACUGUAAUCUGGAGUCCUUCCUGGUCCACCCGAGGCUGGCUUGA